UGCUGCUGCCGGGGGCUGCCGGGAUUGGGGAGCUGCGCCGCGUACUCUCCAGGGUCGCUGGGCUCGGCUGGACAUGACCGUGCUGCGCUCGCCGCGCGCUCAGCCCUGCUAGCCGCUCGCUGCCGCCGCCUGGGAGCCCAGCUCGGCCUGCGCCCGCGCGCACCGCCGCAGUCAUGGGGCUGCAGCCCCUGGAGUUUAGCGACUGCUACCUCGACAGCCCGUGGUUCCGGGAGAGGAUCCGCGCGCACGAAGCGGAGCUCGAGAGGACCAACAAGUUCAUCAAAGAGCUCAUCAAAGAUGGCAAGAACCUCAUCGCUGCCACCAAAAGUCUGUCAGCUGCCCAGAGGAAGUUCGCUCACUCGCUCAGAGACUUCAAGUUCGAGUUCAUCGGCGAUGCUGAGACUGACGAUGAACGGUGCAUAGAUGCCUCCUUACGGGAAUUUUCUAACUUUCUGAAGAAUCUGGAAGAGCAGAGAGAAAUCAUGGCAUUAAGUGUGACUGAAACCCUGAUUAAACCCUUGGAGAAAUUCAGAAAAGAGCAGCUUGGAGCUGUAAAGGAAGAAAAAAAGAAGUUUGACAAAGAGACGGAAAAGAAUUACAGUCUCAUCGACAAGCACUUGACGCUGUCUGCCAGGAAGAAGGACUCACACUUGCAGGAGGCGGAUCUCCAAGUGGAGCAGAACCGGCAGCACUUCUAUGAGCUCUCGCUUGAAUAUGUGUGCAAGCUCCAGGAAAUCCAAGAAAGAAAGAAGUUCGAGUUUGUGGAGCCCAUGCUGUCCUUCUUUCAGGGAAUGUUCACUUUCUAUCAUCAAGGCCAUGAGCUUUCCAAAGACUUCAAUCACUACAAGAUGGAACUACAAAUCAACAUUCAGAAUUGGGAGGUGGAGGCAGGAGGAUCUGUGGCAAAGAGGGACUCCAGUGGGACCGAGUCAUGUCGAGCGAGGCAUGAGAUGCUGACACGGAAUCGAUUUGAGGGAACCAGAUCAGAAGUGGAGGAACUUAUGAAUAAAAUUAGACAAAAUCCCAAGGACCAGAAGCGAGCCAGCCAGUUCACAGCAGAAGGCUACCUGUACGUCCAGGAAAAAAGGCCUGCUCCAUUUGGGUCCAGUUGGGUCAAACACUACUGCAUGUACCGGAAAACAGCCAAGAAAUUCAACAUGAUUCCAUUUGAGCACAGAUCUGGGGGGAAACUGGGGGAUGGAGAGGCUUUCUUUUUGAAAGAAUGCACCAAAAGGCACAUUGACUCCACUGACAGAAGGUUUUGCUUUGACAUCGAAGCUGCUGACAGGCCUGGCAUCCCCUUGACCGUGCAGGCGUUUUCAGAAGAAGAGAGGAAGCAGUGGUUGGAAGCUCUGGGUGGAAAAGAAGCUCUGUUCCACACGUUUAACAGAGCCAUUGUCCCAAGACCGGAAGGAGGUGCACAGCUGGAUAAGAUGGGAUUCACAAUUCUCAGAAAAUGCAUCAGCGCUGUUGAAACCCGAGGUAUAAAUGACCAAGGACUGUACAGAGUUGUGGGGGUGAGUUCAAAGGUCCAGAGACUUCUGAGUAUGUUGAUGGAUGUGAAAAUGUGCAAUGAGCUGGACCUGGAGAAUUCUGCAGAUUGGGAAGUGAAGACAGUAACAAGUGCCUUGAAGCAGUAUCUGAGGAGUCUUCCAGAGCCUCUCAUGACCUACGAGUUACACAGAGACUUCAUUGUUCCAGCCAAGAGCGGCAGCCCGGAAUCCCGAGUUAAUGCCAUCCACUUCUUGGUACACAAACUGCCAGAGAAGAAUAAGGAGAUGUUGGAUAUCUUGGUGAAGCAUCUAACCAAUGUGUCAAGUCACUCGAAGCAGAAUCUAAUGACGGUGGCGAAUUUAGGGGUGGUGUUUGGACCAACUCUGAUGAGACCACAGGAAGAAACUGUUGCUGCCAUCAUGGAUUUGAAGUUUCAGAAUAUCGUUGUAGAAAUCUUAAUUGAAAAUCACGAAAAGAUUUUUCGGACCUCGCCUGAUACCGCAUUGGCUGAGCCCACAUGCCUGUCAGCAUCACCCCCAAACGCUCCACCACGACAGUCCAAGAGACAAGGGCAGAGGACGAAGAGACCAGUGGCCGUGUACAACCUUUGUCUUGAGCUGGAGGAGGGUGACAGUCCCAGCCCUCUCAAGGAGGAUCCCCCCAGCAGCAGUCAGGACUCUCUCUCCACCCCGUCUCCCACAACGUCAGCUGCCCAUGGGCCUCCUGGACUAGACAGAAACCACCUAGCAGCAGACGGAGGGAACUGUGGAGAUGCCGCCGCCACCACGCCAAGCCAGACCCGGCCAUCCAUGGUGCAGUGGCUAAAUAUGCAGUCUCCAACCACACCAAGCUCCAACCCAGCUGGAACACCUCCUUCACCCAGAAUGUCACCGUUCCCCCUCUCUCCUGCUGCCUCCAUUGUAGACAAGCUGCCUGAGUGCGUUAUCAAUCGAAAGGCUCGGGCUGUGUACCCAUGUGAAGCAGAACACAGCUCGGAAUUGUCAUUUGAAAUAGGAGCCAUUUUUGAGGAUGUUCAGACCUCAAGGGAACCCGGAUGGCUGGAAGGGACCCUGAACGGCAAGCGAGGGCUGAUUCCACAGAAUUAUGUCAAGCUGCUGUAGCUCCUGGCCCUGGGGGUUCCUACUGAUCGUGGCACCCCAAGCAGCAGCCUGGAAAUGGCACCCAAACACCACGGUCACGCUUAGGAUCUGCGGUUCACCAUGGGUACUCCAGGGUGGGGAGGGGAUGGAACAGCCACCUAGGACUGUGCAGAUGUGGGCGUAAGCAGAGCGUGACUGGCAUUGCUGGAGUCAGUUCUCAUCUAGCAGGCACUGGGCAUUGUGAUGUUUAAUUCUCCCACCUGUGGAACAGAGAGAGGGCAGACCUCACUGUCCACACACCUGCUGUCGGGUUUUCAGGGGGGCUGUGCGACUCUUGAAAGUCCCAACCUGGAGGGAAGCAGAGAGAAACUUCUUCAAGCUUGUGCCUUCCUUCCUACCUGCCUCUCCUCCCCCUCCCCACCCCAUCCCCGGGCCUGCUCACCUGUGUGCUUCAACAGCCUUUUCCAGGUUCUCACCUGAGUGCUGUUUGUCUUUUGUCACCUUGUUGCCACAAGGCCCCUCUGUAAAUGAAAUAAAAUGUAAUUUACUAUU